AUGAUUCUCGCUUUGGGCGCUGUUCUCACGAACGACAUUACAAAUAUGCGAGAGGCCCUGGGUUCAAUUCCCAGCUCGCCCCUUUUUUUUAUUAUUGCAAACUCGAUUCUUCAAAGGAAAUCACGGCCCUACAGUGUGCACCAAUACAAGUGA